AUGAGGGCUCGGAAGACCUCGGACAUCGAAAGACCCGCCCAUGCUUCUCUUGAAAGUCAGUUGAAGGCUCUGCUACCUAUCAAGCAAUGUUACAAUCACUAUACGAGAUUGAAAAAGCAGCAAGAUGAGGUGCUCAUAUCUGGCGCCGACAAAGAUGCGUUUGUUUAUGGCCUGGAUCGCUUUCCGCAAGUGACCAAAGUUGCCGUCACACCUGCAGCGCAUGGGUGGUUAUUCUGUCCGCUUUAUGAAACCCCUUUCAUUCGUGCGUUCCCGUAUGGAUUCAACUACCCGAUCCCAAGGGGAUGGCCCACUCCUUGGCCAAUGUCCCCUGAGUACCCGGCACCUUGCUCAUGGACCCUGGAGACUGCGAGAAGCAUACCGAACCCACUUUUAAACCCAGAGAAUCGCACCGCAGGCGAAGGUUACAAAGAUCUUUGGAGGGGCGUUAGGACUGUUUUGAAAAGCCUCUCCCAAUACGACCAUCAUGUCUCCGACUUGAGAUUCGAUGCAAAUAAACUCAACACAGGUGUUCAUCACGAAAUGUUCACUCGACCGUGUGAAGAAUACGAUCACUUUAUGACGCUGCUCAAGCGGCCGGGACUUCGCCGCUUUGAUUUGACGUUGUUCAUCGAUGACCCAGGGCUGCAAAGCUUUGCGACCGGAGACUUCCGACGGGCUAUUGGCCAUGCCAAAGAUUUGACACAUAUCAAUAUAGCGACUACGCUCGACAUUGCGUCUCGUUAUUGGGGGUAUAGGGAAUAUAAUGCAUUCACGUCUUUACGAAAUAUUCUCCCUUUUGCUCAGUGGCCGAAGCUUGCACAUUUCGGCAUCACACGGCUUGAGAUAACACCGUCAGAUUUGCUAGAGACGCUUGGUAAAUUACCACAAACAGUGCGAUCAAUUGAACUCAACCGGCUGCGAUUCUACGGCCAGGGCGAUGUCGACGACUGGCGCGAGUCAGAAAAUCUGGAACGAUUCGGCAUGUUCCACGCUUUACUAGAAGAAAUACGGCAAAAGCUCAAAUGGCACGAGCGAGAUAGAUCCGAGAGGCCUUCUCUUAUCAUGAUUGCGGAUGAAUGUCACCCAUGCACCAGUGAGUUCCUAGAUGAUGAUGUCCAUCCAUGCUCUCGUGGGACUUUCUACGCGGAAGCCUAUAAUCCCUGCGAAAAUGGGCGAGGCAUUCGGCUCGGAAAAGAGAUUCAUGAUUUCCUCUACGGAUCUGGAGAAAAUCCCUUUGAAGAAAGUUUCCAGGUACCAAAGCGUGGGAUGGGGACGAAACGAGAUAUCUUCUUUCCCGAUUGCAUUCGGCCUCAGGUCGGUUCGAAGGAAGAUACAUCAAUGAGGACUACCGACCCUGAAAUUUGGGAAGGGGAUUGGCCUGGAUAUUUACAGGACUACUCGUCUGAAGGCUUCAACCUAUUCCAUAGGAUGGAGGAAUUCGAGCUGGAUGGCGGGUCCCGUCCCAACUAG